UAAAUUCUUAUUUAUUUAUUUCAGUUUGUAAGUAAUAGGCGUAGUAGUAUUGUUGGCGCCACCUGCUUGUUGAUUGGCCCUCAAGGACAUAUAGACCUCGCUUUUCAAACAACUUGUGUUGAUGAUUUAAAAAUGGACGUCUUGCAAAGUGUCGGCAUUCCAGCAGGAUACGAAAGUGACAGCAGCACCGAGGACUGGUACACAGAGCAUCCUCCUGUCCAAAAGUCUUUCCAUCUUCAAAAUUCUGGCUAUGCAGACGAAGAAGUAGAUAAAGUCUCCUUGAUGAAAAAUGCAAUCCAUGACGGCAACGUUGAUGCCGUUGAACAGCUGCUGGACAACGGCAUGGACGUGGACACCAUGCUGGGCUUUGACUGGACUCCACUGAUGUCUGCUGUCACUUUGGCGGACAACAAAGUCGCCAAAGUGCUUUUGGACCACGGAGCCAAUGCGAACUCCAGCAAAGACUGCAAGACGGUGCUCAUGAUCGCCUGCACUGCGCAGGCCAAGGAGGACAAAAUUGCUCGCUGUGUGGAGCUUCUGCUUUCCAGGAACGCCAAUCCAAACAAAGCGGACAAAUCUCAAGUGACAUGCCUGAUGUUGGCCGCCAGGGACAAUCACUGCAAGGUCAUUAACCUCCUGGUGUCCUACGGCGCUGACCUCAAUAUGCAGGAAGCCAAUGGAUACACCGCCUUGGCGCUGGCUGUCCAUCGUGGCCGACAACAGGCCGUGCUGAAGCUCCUCCAGCUCGGAGCUGACAAAAGCAUCGUGACAGGAGAGGGAAAGAGCCCUGCUCAGCUGGCUACGCUUUGGAAGUACCCGCAGAUCUCCAGGAUCCUUUCGUCCUCCAUGAGCAUUGACCCCAUUCUGCCUUUUAGCUCCUCUGGUGAAUGUCUUUCCACAGUCAGCAAGACCAAUACUCAGUUUCCAUCUUUUGCAGAAAGUGCCUGCGUGGGUCUUCUCCUGGGACUCCGGCCUCCUACCACAUCCCAUAAACAUGUGAGCAUGCCCAAAUUGAAUGAGAUGGAGCUCCUUCUUCACGGUCUAGAUCUGGAAUAUCUCACAGACAUCAUCAACGAGAAGGACAUCACCUGGAGCGAACUGCUGACUAUGGAGAAGGAGGAUCUGGUCAAGCUUGGGAUCACAGACGCAGAGGAUCAACAGAAGGUUCUGAGCGCUCUGCGGCAGAUACAUAUGGACAGAGUGGACCUGGACACCAUUGAGCAACUUGGAGUGACUGACAGUGGGAGCGAGGAGUUGCUCAACUUCCUGAGUAAGCUGAAGCAACAAUGCUGCUGCCUGACUGAAACCAUUCAAGACACCAUCAGCCGCUUUCCCCUGCAGGUCUCUAAGCUGGUGUUCAAACUGGACCACAAGAGGGAGGCGCAGACAAUGUGCAGCGAGCUGAUAGCGCAGACCAAAGACCUGCAGACUGAAGUCAACUGUCUGCACAAUCUGCUCUGCCAGAUGAACGACGCCCCGAACUGCUGUGAACUUCCCGUCGUCCGCGGCAACAGAAAACUGCCACUGCUACCAAGCGUUGCCAUAUUUGCGCUGGGCAUCUCUGCGUUUGCACUGGGCACCGCCUUCUUCUGUAGACAACACUAGAUCAAGUUAAGUUUUGGUUUUCAUCGUCACAUUAUUUUAUGCUAUUUUAUUGAGUUUUUGUUGUGUUACUUGUUAUGACCAAAAGUUCUUGAAUAGUUGAAUUGUAUUUUUUUUUUCUAGAAGUAUGUUCAGAUUUUCAAGUUUCUGGAAAAGUUGA